CCGCGUCCUCCCAACGCGUUCCUUCAGUUCCGCUCGACGUACUGGGAAGAAAACAAGCGCGAGCGCAACAACCGCAACGUAAGCCGCAUCUGUGGCUUCCUGUGGAAUAGCAUGUCGGCGGAGGAGAGGAGAGUUUAUGAAGAGAUGGCUGCGGUCGCCCAAGCGGAACACAAGUUGAAGUACCCGCACUUCACCUAUGCGCCUGGUCGGAGAGAGAAGAAGCCGAAGACGCAUCGCAAUCGUGACUGUAAGGAGGAGGAUAGGUGUCGGAAGAUCGCGCUGUUGUUCAGAAAGGGUGUCAAGGACAUCGAGAUCACGAUGGAGGUGAAGACGGAGGAGCCUGUUGACGCUAUCCCUUCUCCCACUCCCUCCGUUGAAGCCACU